GUAAUGAGCUGGCAAAGAAUAUUAUAAUCGUUUUUGGUCAAAAAAGGGCCAAUAAAUAAAAAAUCAAAGGCAAUAAUCCAACGUUUUGUCUUCGAACUUUCCGUUUGCAAUUCCCGUACGAAUCAACGAGAAGAUUGUAAAGGCAUUUUUGAUUGUUUGAUGGAACAACACAGUAACGAUAUCUCUCAAGAACAAGCUCGUGAGUCUCUCAUUGCUAUCGCCUAUACUUCACCAGAGGAGGUUGAAGAGUCUCUAACGCCCUCAGAUGUGAAACCUGUCGUCGCUACCACAAACGGAGUCUCUAAAACAAACUCUGAAGCUGCGGAAAAGCUCAGGUCUGAGCUGAUCUCCAUCUCCUACGACGAGUCACCGUCCCCCUCACCCGAUGUAUCUGCUUCUCCGGCCUUGCCCAACGGUGUCUGAUAGCAGUAACUGUACAGAUCAAAGUGUGUUCCUUAUCCAUGCGUACAACUUUGGUUUGGUGAUAUCUUAAUGUUUUCUUUCAUCUAACUGUAUGAAAGUUUUUCUUGUUUGUGUUGUUUUAAAGUUGAAAGCUCUCUUGAGUCUUAUUUGAAUGA